UUGUUUGCUGGAGGAGGACAUCCUGGACCCUUCCUUGCAGGAAUCGUCCUCCACCUGGAUCGUCCCUGCGCCUUGUCCUCCGGGUCGUCCCUGAGGCCGGUGUUGGCGUGCUGCUGGAGCCGUGCAUCAAGGGGGGCGGGGGUGAUUUUGGGGUGUCCUGUCUGCUGAUGGGGUCAUGUGACCUGGCCACCACCUUCACGGGCACGCCUUACUACAUGAGCCCUGAAGUCCUGAACCACCACGGUUACGACUCCAAGUCUGAUAUCUGGGCCAUAGGCUGUAUCCUGUAUGAGAUGUGUUGCCUGUCACACGCCUUUGAAGGACACAACUUCUUGUCAGUUGUGAUGAAGAUAGUGGAGGGAGAAACCCCCAGACUGACAGCCAGAUACUCUCUGGAGCUCAACACACUCAUGCAAAGGAUGCUGGAGAAAACCCCAUCAUCUAGGCUCUCUGCUGCAGAAGCUCUGAAGACAAAAUUCAUUGAGGACAGUAUGCAGAUCUUAAAACACAAGUUCUGUAGUCUGACACUGAGAGAUAAGACAUCAGUGGGAGAAAGAGACGCAGCACAGAUACUGAAAGCGGUGCAGAGAAAGGUGCACCUUCAGACACUGAGGGAGAAGUCAGAGCUAGACAGAAUGACCCCCAGGGAGAGAAUGAGGCUGAGGAAACUGCAGGCUGCCGACGACAAGGCCAGGAGGCUUAGGAGACUUGCUGAGGAGAAAUACCAGGAAAACCACUUCCGAAUGCAGGAGCUGAGGAGCCGCCAUUUCGAGAAAGUCAGUUUGGACGUCUUGAAUGAGAGUGCAGGAGAUGCAGUCCACCAGACUGCACCAAUUACAGCUGAGGAUUACCGGUCGCUGGGUUGCUCACAGCCAAUGAGGAGGCAGCAGCAGGACAAGAUGCGAAUGUCUGAGCCAGUAGGGCGUGAGAUCCCCGAGGACCCUCAGACUGCAGAGGUGUAUUAUUACAUGGAUGGAUUUGAGUCCUGCACUGAUGAAGAGGAGGAGGAAAGAGAGGAAGGGGACACCGUGACCUCAGAAACCCUCUGUCAUUCCUAUGGACAGGACAGCGACCUGGAGGCCAUGAUGAGACACAUGGAGCAGGUUCUGGAAGGAGAGCUCAGCGUGGCUGAAGCAGUGCCAGAAGAGGGCCAGUGGGUCCCCAUGGGGCCUCCAGUCAUCAACAGCACCAUGGCUGAGACAAGGAUUCAGCGCAUGACUGAGUGA